AUGAAUCCACGUACUACAUUUCUUUGCAUUACAUUCCUCAUUGUUUCCUUUUUGCUACACUACUCCCAUCAGCAGCUUCCACUCUCUCGUCAAUAUCAAUACAAUACUACCCUAGCUAAGGAUGGUAGCUUUGAUUUGUUUUGGUCAAUUCAGGAUGGUGAAUUGUACAUGGCCAUGUCUGCACAAACUAAUGGGUGGUUGGCUGUGGGAUUCAACUCAUUUGUUGAAAAUAAUGCUGAAGAUAAGGAUGUAGAUAUGAGACUCACUGACAUGAUUCUUGGAUGGAGAGAUUCGAGUGGUAAUACCUAUUUGUAUGAUAGUUAUGCCAUGAGCAAUUCAAUUCCAAGUAUGGAUACUCAAUUAGGAGGAACUGAUAAUUCAAUUCUCAUUCAAUCUUGGGAAACAACAGGUAGAACCAUUAUUGAAUUCAAAAGAGCACUCGAUACCAAAGAUUCCUAUGAUGUGGCCAUUCUCCCAAAUAGAAAACUCAUUCUCCUCUAUGCCCUAUCAGCACAAGAUCCAAGCAAUAAUCAGUACAAUUCCUUAUCAAUCCAUACCAAGAGAGGUUCAGUAGCAAUUCCAAACUUUUGGCCAUUACAACAGAAUGAAACUCUCUCCGAAAAACAAUCCAAUAUUACCAUUUCCAAUCAAACUAGCACUUCUUCAUCUGGUAGUACUUUCAAUAGUACUGCUAGCAGUGGAAGUAGUAGUAUUACUAAUCAAACAUCUAUUAUCUUUCCUCCAAUUACUUUUCCUCCUCAAAACAACAACAAUAAUAAUACUGCUGCUACUACUGGUGGCACAACAACAACACCUCCUCCUCCACCACAACAUAAUCAAACAAUCAUUGUCAUUCCACCCUUCUUCCCAUCAAGUUCUUCUCCAGUUAUUGGAAAUAAUAAUAAUAAUGGAAAUCAUAACAACAAUGGAUCUACACCAUCAUCAUCGGGAAAGCCUGGCAAAGAAAAACCAAUAAUUUCCAUUCAAAUUGCAAGAGCCAACCAAUUAGGUGCAUCGGGUCCAUUAUUCAUUGUUGUGGCCAAUCUUUUCAUUAUGCAAAUGUUACUCGCCUACUUGUGA